AUGCUCCUCGAAAGAUUUCAAAGUAAACUACACGGCUCUCGGCUGUCAAGGCACUCCAACUCAAAGUCUAGGAGCAAGUGCGAUGCCGACGCGCAGCCUGUGCAGAACAUAGCUGAUGACCUGAUGACUGGCGACGGGAUGUCAGACAGCGACGCCUACGCGAGCAUGAGAGAGCUUCAGAUCAGCACCCAGUUGUGCGAGCCGCGGAGUGGAACGCCACUCAACGGCGUCUCAACGCCUGUGAUGCAGCCUAUAAUGCCUUACAUGUACGGCAACCAGAAAAGGCAGGAUAGUGUGGCUUCGUUCGCAAGCUCUAUAUCUGACAUGCCAGGGCCCGCCCGUACCGCCACUACACCCUUGCCAACGACCUUUUCCACUCAAUUCGUCAAAAUGCUCAUGGAGGUGUACCAAGACAUAUGCUCAGAUCCAACUGCAACACCGUUUGACGCCUCGAACCCUCCUUCUGGGAUACUGAAUAGAACUGCGAAGGUGGCUGUAGAAAGAGCAGAGCAAAAGGGCGUAGAUAUGGGUCGCGAAAAAAACGCGUUGCUGGUCAACUCCGUUAAGCAGCGGCUACUUCAAGAGCUUCGCCGCGACGCGUACCUAUCACGCAACAGCUCAAUUGUUUCAUUGCCUCCCAUGCCGCAGUUCAACACUUCUGAUAUAGCUCCCACUGCUUGUGUGGACUACUUCAGCACACACGCGGAGGCGUCCUCCAAUGGCCAACUUUCUACUCCUUUCCAAAUGCCGACUUCUAGUUUAGGCAGCAGUCAGCCUCUGCAGACGCCGUUCGACCAGAGACCUCAGGUGCCGAAACUCUCACACCGCUCCCGAAACGACAGUUUCAUUAGCGCGGCAGGAAGAAGCAGAAGUGGUUCAAGUCACAUGUUUCCUUCCCAACAGCAGCAACAGCAGCCUCAGCCUUCAGCGGCCCUUCAGCCUAGCAGCUUCAUAGAGACAACAACUGCGCCGAGAGCACAGUUUGAAGGCAACGGAUACUUCGUCUUGACGCCCACAAACUCGAUGCUAGGGGAGCCGCAGCAGCCUUUCAUUGCUCGAGAACGGAGCAACGCAUCUAGCGCGUUUGAAGAUAUGAUGAGCGGCGAGUUGUCAAGGCAUAGACAGAAUUCUUUUAGGAUCGAAAAGGGAAGUGCCACUGGCUCUCUCGCAAUGGACUUCUAA